GAAUGGCCCCAAUAAGAGGCAAGCCUCUGAACCGGUCAGAGGCAAGGUGUUUAGUUCAUCAAAAAGCACCUCUUAAUGAAACCCAUUCAGAUCUGAAUGGUUCAGAUACUUUUGAGAUCUGAAUGAAACUUGUUACCUGUAUACCCUUAUGCCCUACCAAUCUCUUCUUCCACAUGUGCAUCUUCUUCCCCUCCUCUUCUUCCACUGUCUCCUCCACACAGCCGCCCUCUUGCCCGAUUCAGAGCCUCCCUCAACAUACGUUCUCAUCUUUCUCCUCCACGGCUGUCGUCUCCCCUCCACUCCUCCUCCACAGCCGCCGUCUCCUCCACUGCUCCGCCACAUAACAGCCGCCUCCUCCUCCUCCUCCUCCUCCUCUGCUCCUCCACAUCACAGCCGUCUCCUCCACUGCUCCGCCACAUCACAGCCGUCUCCUCCUCCUCUGCUCCUCCACAGCACCGCCUCCUCCUCUGCUCCUCCACACGGCCGACCUUCACACUGCCACCGUCCUUCACAUUUGCAGUCUCAUUUUGUAGUCACGCCCAUCUUCUCCGCCACUGAUCUCCGUCGCCGCCGCCAAGCCGACUCCGCCACCUCAUACUUACGAUCCACCGCCUUCGCCGCUACGACUACAGAAUCUUGUAAAUACGCUGGACACAUAGGCUUUGUGGAACCAACCAUCAUUGAUUUAUUAGGUUCAAAAUGAACUUCACUCUAUGCUCAAACCCUUCGGAAAUGAUCUCCCCUUGUUUGGAAAGACCAAAAAGCAUGAUAAGCAUAAAUAGAUCAAUGUCCACAUCAUCAUCAAUCAGGGCUAGUGACCUGGCCAACAAAGACGGUAUCCAAGUGUCUAGUCAUGAUGCUAGAAAGGCGGUGCUUUCACGUCAAUGUCAACUGGAAGGGACACGUUUAAUGGGGAAGCCAAGACAGAAGUUGGAGUUUAUUAGGACAUUGUUGAUUGACAACUAUGACAGCUACACAUACAAUAUAUACCAAGAGUUAUCCGUUACUAAUGGAAUACCUCCUGUUGUGGUGCGGAAUGAUGAAUGGACAUGGGAGGAGGCGUGUUAUUACAUUUAUGAAGAGAGAGCGUUUGACAACAUUGUUAUAUCACCAGGUCCAGGAUCACCAGCUUGCCCCACUGAUAUAGGAAUUUGUCUUAGGUUGCUGGUAGAGUGUGCAGACAUUCCAAUCUUGGGUGUCUGUCUUGGACACCAGGCCUUAGGAUAUGUGCAUGGUGCAGAGGUCAUUCACGCCUUUGAACCUGUCCAUGGACGUCUAAGUGAAAUUCAGCAUAAUGGAUGCAGCCUGUUUCAUGGUAUUCCUUCCGGCACAAAUUCUGGUUUUAAGGUGGUUCGGUAUCAUUCCCUUAUAAUAGAUGCAAAAUCACUUCCAACGGAACUCAUACCUUUAGCAUGGACAUGUGAAGGUAUGAAGGUUCUCAUGGGCAUCAUGCACUCCACACGACCUCAUUACGGUUUGCAGUUUCAUCCCGAGAGCAUUGCCACAUGUCACGGGAGUCAGAUAUUUAAAAAUUUCAGGGAUAUUACUCAAGAUUUUUGGUCCAUUAGUGAGAGCAAGUUACAAUACAAUAAAGCAUGCAUGCAGGUGGGAAAUGGAAGCUGGCGGUUUAAAAAAGACUCUCCGAGUGCAUACAUGUCGGUUUUCAAUACAAACAUGUACAAGAUGGUACAAUCGUCGAAUACGAGCAAUGGGAUCAAGCUUUUGAGAUUGCAAUGGAGAAAACUCGAGAAGUUAUCUUGUCAAGUUGGUGGUGCAAAAAACAUAUUUCUCAACUUGUUUGGAGAUGACAAGGCUGGAAACACCUUUUGGCUCGAUAGCUCCUCUACAGAAAAGAGGAGGGCAAGAUUUUCGUUUAUGGGUGGAAAAGGUGGGUCCCUUUGGAAGCAGAUAACAUUCAGAUUGUCAGACCCAAGUAAGGUUACAUGUACAAAUGGAGGUCAUAUUACAGUUGAAAAUGCUCAAGGGUUAUCUACAACCACAUUUUUGGAAGAUGGUUUUUUCCAUUUUAUGAAUAAGGAACUUCAAUCUAUCCGUUAUGAUGAACACGAUUAUGAAGGAUUACCAUUCGAGUUUCAUGGUGGUUACAUUGGCUAUCUUGGAUAUGGCCUGAAAGUUGAAUGCGGUGUACCGUAUAAUCGUCACAAGGCGGAAACGCCAGACGCAUGUUUCUUCUUUGCAGACAAUCUUAUAGUCAUCGAUCAUUCCAACGAUGACGUCUACGUUCUCUCUAUACAUGAUCAAACCACAAAAACAACUAUGUGGUUAGAUGAUGUGGAGCAAAAGCUAAUUACCAUGAAAGAAACUUCUGCUCUCGAAACCGUACCGUCUCAAACGUCUGUCCGUGCUAUCUUGAUGAACAACACUGGCUUCGUUGUCGAUAAAACUCAAGAGCAAUACAUACAAGAUGUGGAGAAAUGUCAGAAAUUUAUUAAAGACGGAGAAAGCUACGAGUUGUGCUUCACAACUCAGAUGAGAAAGAAAAUUGGAGACGUUGAUCCUUUGGGGCUUUAUCUCCACCUUAGAGAUAAAAAUCCCGCACCGUACGCUGCGUGGCUUAAUUUUUCGAAAGAGAAUUUGUCUAUUUGCUGCUCUUCACCUGAGCGAUUCUUACGCUUAGAUAGAGACGGUAUUCUCGAAGCAAAACCUAUCAAGGGUACUAUCGCUCGCGGCUCAACGCCUACCGAAGACGAGAUGCUUAGAUCACAACUGCAACACAGUGAAAAGGAUCAAGCAGAAAAUCUGAUGAUUGUUGACCUGCUAAGGAACGACCUAGGUCGUGUGUGUGAACCGGGGUCGGUCCAUGUUCCCCAUCUCAUGGAAGUCGAAUCAUACGCAACCGUCCACACCAUGGUAAGCACGAUACGCGGAAAGAAACGGUCAGAUCUAAGUGCAAUAGAUUGUGUUCGAGCAGCAUAUCCUGGCGGCUCAAUGACCGGUGCACCCAAAUUAAGAUCGAUGGAACUUCUCGAUUCUCUUGAAAGUUGCUCCAGAGGGAUCUACUCCGGCUGCAUCGGCUUCUUUUCUUACAACCAAACAUUCGAUCUCAACAUUGUUAUACGAACCGUGGUGGUUCACCAGGGUGAGGCUGCGGUUGGUGCAGGUGGUGCCAUUGUUGCUCUUUCGAGUCCCGAACAAGAGUACAAAGAAAUGGUUUUAAAAGCAACGGCUCCGGUCAAUGCUGUGGUUGAGUUUGAACAUAUAUCACAUUCCUUGGAACAAUAGGUCAUUUUUACAUACUGUCACACUUAUACACACACUAUUUGCAGCCGUUUGAAGCCCGACACAAAGUAUGAACUGGGAAAUCUCGGACGCCAGAUGUGCGGAUCAUCGGUUUCCUAGAUUAUAGCUAUAGUGAAUUGAUUCAAGAUGGUACUUGUAUGUUAUUGUCUAGUUUGCGACUUGUUUCUUUCUAAAUUGUCGUCUCAUUUGAUUAAGCCUUUUGUUAUAGUUUGAAAUACCAUACUUCGAAAGCUAAAUGGGUUUGUGGCGGGGCAAGCGGUACUGAAAGCAGAGUCAAAGAAGGUGGAAAAGCACGCGAAAGCUUGUGAGGAUAAUCAGCAUGCCUUUGUCCCCCUGGCGUUUGACACGUUCAGCUCCUUGGCGCCGGAGGCAGUUCGGUUCUUGUCUAGAGUUCAGCGUGUGGUCCACAACAACUUUUCGACCCCUCAGGGGCGUGGCUUUGUUUUUAGUAGAUUAGGGUUUUCUAUUCAGAAAGGGAUGGUGGCGCAGUUUGUGAUCCUUAAUCCUUAUGUAAUUUGCCCUGAUGAUUGGAAUGAAAUAAAAAUAUCUAUUUUCCUU